AUAGGCGGCGCUUUCCGGAAGCACAUGUGCAAUAGUUGUUAUUGCCACUCGUAAUGACAUAUUGUGUAAAAUAACAGUUGUAUAAACUUGAUCAUAUCGAUAUUGAAACAGAAAUGAUUUAACCAUCGUUUUAGAGUAUUUUAAUUUUUCAAGUAUACAUCAUCAGUAUGAGGACCAAGACGCUGGAUCAGUUAGCGUCACUUCAGAAAAAUCCGAGCAAUGUUCGCAACAUCUGUAUUCUUGCCCAUGUAGAUCAUGGGAAGACAACUCUGGCUGAUGCACUGGUUGCCAGUAAUGGCAUCAUCUCUCAGCGCAUGGCUGGAAAGCUGCGGUACAUGGACAGUCGGGAGGAUGAGCAGGAGAGAGGCAUCACCAUGAAGUCCAGUGCCAUUUCUCUCUUCUAUCAGAAAGACGAGGCGAGGUACCUGAUUAACCUGAUUGACUCACCGGGCCAUGUAGACUUCUCCAGUGAGGUGUCGACGGCGGUGCGGCUGUGUGAUGGGGCAGUGGUGCUGGUGGAUGUUGUCGAGGGAGUCUGUCCGCAGACACAUGCAGUGCUGCGGCAGGCAUGGCUGGAGAAUAUCAAACCUGUCCUGGUUCUCAACAAGAUUGACCGACUUGUGCUGGAGCUGAAGAUGUCUCCUCUAGAGGCUCACAUGCAUCUGCAGCAGAUACUGGAGCAGGUGAAUCUCUUAACCAAUGAGCUGUUUACAUCUGAGGCCAUGGAGAAAACAUCCACAGAAAUUGACAAACUGCAGCGCUCCACAUCCAGAGAGGCUGACCCACAGUGUUACGACUGGACCACGCUGGAAGAUGAAGAUGAGAAUAUGGAGAACAAGAACAUCUACUUCUCCCCGGACCAGGACAACGUUGUGUUCGCCAGCGCACUAGACGGCUGGGGAUUUAGAAUCUCUCACUUUGCUGAGCUGUGGGCCCAGAAGUUGGGGAUGAGCCACAAAGUUCUACAGAAGACGCUCUGGGGGGACUACUAUCUCAAUGUGAAGAACAAGAGAGUCAUGAAAGGUGCUCAGUCUAAAGGGAAGAAGCCAUUGUUUGUACAGUUUGUGUUGGAACAGAUCUGGGCUGUGUAUGAUUCCAUAGUCAUCUCAAGGGACAAGGAGAAGACGGACAAGAUUGUGAAAUCUUUGAAACUGAAGGUGUUGGCCCGAGAUGCCAAACACAACGACCCUCGCGUACAUCUACAGGCAGUCACAUCUCAGUGGCUUCCUGUCUCAUCAGCAGUUCUAGCUGUGGUAGUGGACACACUGCCGUCCCCGCUACAGAUGACGGAGGAGCGAGUGGAGAAACUCAUGUGCAGCCACUCACAGAGAUUUGACUCCCUGCCAGAGCAGACCCAACAUCUGAAGCCACAUUUCUUGUCAUGUAACCCGACGACAGACACUCCUGUGAUCGUGUUUGUGUCCAAGAUGUUCCCUGUAGAGAGGCGGCAGCUGCCACACAACAAACAGAGACCUCUGACAGAGGAAGAGCUGCAGAUAAGGAGAGACAUCGCGAGGAAAAGACAUGCAGAGAAGAUGGCAUCUGCCGAAGACUGCAGCACAGAGGAGUCAGAGAAGACAACGGACACACCGUUGGAAGAAGUUCCAGAAGCUGCUACAAAUGGUGUAGCCAUUGAUGACGUCGAGGCAUCAAGUGAUCUGGAUGGACAUGUGUUCGUCGCCUUUGCUCGCGUGUUCAGUGGCACAGUGAAGAAAGGCUGCACAUUGUAUGUCCUGGGGCCAAAACAUGACCCAGAGAAGGUGCUUGACAAGCCCGACCUUGAAGGGGAGAUAACCCCAGGGAUGACAGUGCGAGACCUGUCCAGCAGCCAGCACAUCACCAGGUUUACAGUCCAGGAUCUCUACCUGUUCAUGGGACGCGAGCUGGAAGAGAUGGAGGAGAUCCCUGCAGGCAACAUUCUAGGUAUUGGGGGAUUGGAUGACCACAUCUUGAAGUCCGGCACCAUUUCAUCGACCGUGGCUUGCCCUUCCUUCACAGAGAUGUUCUUUGAUGCCGAUCCCAUCGUCAGAGUGGCCAUUGAACCAGCUCACCCAGGUGACAUGGCAGCUGUGAUACAGGGUCUGAAGCUGUUGAACCAGGCUGACCCAUGUGUUCAAGUCCUGGUUCAGGAGACCGGGGAGCAUGUCAUCAUCACCGCGGGGGAGGUGCAUCUGCACCGGUGUAUCGAGGAUUUACAAGAGAGAUAUGCCAAGGUUGAAGUGUCUGCGUCUGCUCCCAUUGUUCCUUUUCGAGAGACAAUAAUUGAACCCCCCAAAAUUGACAGGGUCAAUGAGGCUAUUCAGGACCAAAACCAGCCAAUCAAAUCUGUUGUUACAAGAGAGAGUGAAAAAAAGGAGGAAGAUGCAUUGGAGGAAGGUUUGAUAGAAGUUUAUACAUCCAACAGGAAAUGUGUGCUUCAUGUACGUGCUGCACCCCUCCCGGAAUCAGUUACCUGUCUCUUGAAUAACCACCCAACAAUCAUAAAAACUCUCGACCAGAACACAACUGCAAGAAUCAAUGAUAAAUCAGAAUGCGAAAAUGAAGUUAAGAUGAACACGGCAACGAUUGAAGCAUUGAAUGAUUUGAAGGCAAAGUUGAAAAAGGAAUUUGAACAUGCCGGAGACUUCUGGAAGGAUGCUGUUGAUCAGAUGUGGAGUUUUGGACCUCGCAGGAAUGGACCCAAUAUUUUGUUGAACCGAAUUCCAGGCUACCAGAGACCGUCAGUUUGGAGCAGUAUAGAGAAAUCCACGAGCUCCAUGCAGUGUCGGAACUUUGACAGUUCUGUAGUCAAUGGGUUCCAGAUGGCUACGUUGUCAGGGCCACUGUGUGAUGAGCCAAUGGUGGGCGUGUGUUUUGUGGUGAAGAAGUGGGACUAUGUCACUGUGGAGGGUACCUCGUUAAAAUCUAGGACUAAGCGUUCAGCUCAACCUCAGGUCAAUGGGGAGGUCAAGGUCAAUUCUAGGUCAAGGACUGCUGUAGACUGUGAUGAAACUCUAGACUGUGAUUCAACUGAGGAGGAUUCUCAUGUAUCCAAACAGAAGCAAGUCGCAUUUGGUCCCUUCUCUGGUCAGCUGAUGUCUUGCAUGAGAGAUGGGUGCCGCCGGGCAUACCAGGCUCAGCCACAGAGGCUGUCAGUCGCCAUGUACAAGUGCACGAUACAGGCCACAACAGAGGUGCUCGGUAAACUCUAUGCAGUCCUGGGCAAGAGGAAUGGUCGAGUGAUGUCCGAAGAGAUGAGGGAAGGGACACAGAUUUUCAGCGUAGAAGCCACGCUCCCCAUCAUUGAAAGUUUUGGGUUUGCUCAGGACAUCCGCAAGAAGACCAGCGGUCUAGCCAGUCCACAGCUGACCUUCAGUCACUGGGAGACGCUCGACAUCGACCCGUUUUGGACACCUACAACAGAAGAAGAGUACACUCACUUCGGGGAGAAGGCCGACUCCGACAACCGAGCCCGCAUGUAUAUGAACAAGGUCCGCAAACGUAAAGGGCUGAAAGUCGAUGAGAAGAUAGUGGAACAUGGAGAAAAACAGAGGACCCUCACAAAGAUGAAAUAGUUGCCAAAUGCUUGUAUUUGUUAUGAUCUUCAGGGGAAAUGGGUUCCUUAGUUGUGGUUUUUGUAUUGUUAAGAGAUGAAAGAAUAUUUAAGAAAUAAACGUUGAGUGGGAGUAUCAUACUAUAAAACACUGCAGGGAGAAUAAACCAUGAGGGGCGCUGUUGUUUAUUUUUUAUAUCAGAUAUCAACAUUCUGUACAGACACUUUAAGGAUGUGCAUAAAAUGUCCAAGCUUUGUUCAAAUAUUACCCAUAUUUAUAUAAUGAUGACUCACUAAAUAAAAUUUAGUGAACAGGAGAGUUAAGUUUGGUAUUUCACGGAUAUUCUCCCAAUUGUCUCCCAAUACUGAUUGUCAUAUCUCUCACAAUUUUAAUGUGACCAUUGCAUUCAUCAGUAUUACCCAGCUACCCAGCUAGGUACAUCUAUUGGGAACAACUCACUUGAUGCUUCUCACUCCAAAAUAAUGUUGUCCAAUUCAUGACGUCAUCAGGUUGCGAGUAUUUGUUUGAAUCUCCAGAAAUAACGUCAUGAUAGAACAAUGUUUUAUUGUGAAAUAAACCACAUUUCGUUCUUCUUUGUUCUUUGAGAAUUAUCACAUAGCUAUCUUUUAUAUGUAAAUAAAGUGGAAUCUAACUAAAUCAGUGGAGUAAAAUAUGAGGUUGUGGAAGUAGGGUGUCAGAUUUUAGAGUUAUCUCCCUUGGUCAGCUGCUGCAGUGUUGAAUCAACAACAAAAUAAUGGUUACUUAAAUAACUCAUAGUCUUUUAUAUCUUUUCUUACAUCUAUAUUUCUCUGUUUAAGAAAACUUGUUUGCCUACAUCUGAUUUCAUUUGAAUGGAAUAGCUAGCUAGACUUGACUAUUUGUAUCAUCUGGUUUUUGAUACAUAAAGUCAGAGACCAUAUAAUAGAGGGACGGCCCUCACCAACAGUUUAUCACUAACCAUCAGCGCUACGGUCUGGCAUGUAACUGAUACACCCCGACACCCUGCUGUUAACCUCCCUGUACCGCUGCAGAUGCGCAAUAGAUGCGCAGACAUUCACGACUGACCAUUCUGGUAACCACGUAAACAAUAUUACAUAAUAUCCGGGGUAAGAGUUAAUUCCCUUAGCCGAGAUUUCUCCGACUACGACCAGCGACAAUCCAAUAAAAGGACGUCUCUUAGCGGAUUACAAAGAUUUUUGUAUGAUAUCUCUCAUUAGCACAUGUCAGUUGGCUGCAAAUUAUUUGCUGAACAUGUGUGUCUUCCGGGACAUUUAUUUCAAUUUACAUAUCUCAUUUUAUGCUGCAAUUGUUAACUAUUAUAAAUAAACAAAUAUACCAAAUCUACUACGAACGCCACAGAAAACUACGAUCCGGUAAAUUGCACAGGAACUCAGGAAGUGUAAAUAAAACUCAUUCAGAAGCAGGGAAGACACUUGUAACAUAUCACCCUAUUCCCGAUGUUCACAAAAUAUAUCUCCAGAUUAACUUCAUAUCUUAUAUUAAGUCCAGACUAGAUUUACUUGCAAAAAUGCAUGAUCACCGACUGGUGUAAAUGCUUUACUAUUAGCCAGAAAAAAAUGACGCCAUAUUAAUGUUUUUAUUUCAUGUAAAUUCGCUACUAUUUUAUAAUGCUAAUAAUUCCAAUGAAUUAAAAAUACACAUUAAACUACGAGCGUUGUUAAAUGAAUUUUCGAUGUGUCUGACAAUGGGCUUCGAAAGAAUCAAAUGUUAUUGGUUAAUGCCAGUUUGGGGCUAGCAGUGAUAAUAGGGUUUGCCGGAGCGAGAUAAGUUUGACACCUUCGACCUUGUUGUCUGGAACUUCUCUCCCGACGACUGCCGAUAUAAUCCUUCUUUUUUCUUGGCAUUUACAAAGCAAAUGAUAAUUGUAUAAUACAAAUAUUUCAUGAAACGGGUUUUUAUUUUUGUAUGAUGUUUUUAUUGUUGUGUAAAUACACAAAGUAAGUAGUACCUUCAUCAUAUUUACAUUAUUAUGAUUGGGUUUAGGCCAAGAUCAUUUUGCUCAUAAUCAAUAUUUACACGGCAUAAAAUAAAUAAUUGAUUAAAUGUAGUCAUGAUUAAUACAGACAAAAUCUUCAGAAGAUAACAAAUAUGUAGUAUUGUAGUAUAUAGUAUAUGCGCGAUAUGUGAUAGAAGCCUAACUGAAACAAAGUUAAACUUACGAAAAAAUGGCGAAAGCAAAGGUAAAAAAAAUACGUGUCUUACAAAAACAAUUCUAAUAUCAUACAAUAUGUCACUUUGUAUAAUGUUUCAAAAGAUAUAUGCGGAUGAUAAUCACAGACAAAAUGCAUGUUAUUUCGUCUGCUAUAUAUGGUAAUUUAAUUUAAAAUAUGUGACGUAAAAUAUGGCCUUGCGCCAAAAAUCAUACAAAAAAAACUACCGAUCGUACCUAAAUAACUUUGGUACCAAGCCAAAGGGGAAAUCGUGAUGAAUGUAAAACUAUUUAAUUCAGGACCGAUGAUAGGAACACAUUCGUCUGAAAGCAUGCGGAAAUUAAGAGUUGUGGUGUAAUUAUUUCGGGAAAAGUCAGAUUUAGUCCCAUUUCUGGAGUCAAAAUCUGAAAUAUCGCAUCCGCCCUAAAUUUGUAAAUGGCACUAAGCCAAUUUUUAACAUAUAUCCUUUUUAUACACCUUGGUAACCAAGGACUUUCAUUGCGAAUUAGAGGCCGUUAUUGAAAAUCAAUAUCUGCACUUUUGCCGAUUUUACAUGUGCGCCAUUUUGUUCUCUCGGACAAAGACAAAGCGUGAUCACAGUCAUCAAAUACAGUGACAACGACAUGCUUUAGGGCACCAACAAAUCUCAGUUGUAAUGUUAACAAUGUUAAGAAAUACAUGAGUGUAAUUUUGUUUUGUAAAAUAUAUCUUUUGCAUGGGAAAAAAAGGCGACAGCGAUGACUGCAGUUAACGCGUUUCUGCUCGCUUCCGGACAGGCUGCGCAGUACAAGCCGUAGCACUGAUGGUUUCGCGCAUAGGCUAGAGGGCCGUCCCUCUAUUAUAUGGUCUCUGAUAAAGUGAUGCGCUGGGGUAGCCUACUAGUUAAAGUGUUCACUUGUCAUGCCAAAGACCCGGAUUCCAUUCCAUACAAUGUGUGAAGCCCAAUUCUGGUUCCCCUGGCAUGAUAUUGCUGGAAUAUGGCUAAAAGUGGCGAAAAACUGUACUCACUGACUCACUCAUUCACUCAUACAUUAAGUGUAGAUAUUCACGUGUCAUCUUGGUGCUGGAAUACAACCCUACAUACAUAUGAUCUGUUCGUGUAAACUGGCGAGUUUGGCUUUCAUUUGUAAGAGUAAGACAUGGGCUGUUCACCUUGUGUCACUUCCAUCUUUGGACACAUGCUACUGCAAUGAUGAGUCCAUUCUUUAGAUCAUUAAUAAGAUGUUAGGACAUUGUAAGUGACCGAUCUACCAGAUUGCUCGUGCAGUGUUGGAUAGGUUUUAAAUAUUCUUUCAAACAGAGCGUCAAAUACACAGUACCAUGGUCUUUUGUCCUGGAAACUCCGUUGUGACUGUUAAGAGUUUAUCAAAUGAUAAAAAAACUACGGAAUAUCAGAAAUAGUCUUUGGUUAGACAGAAAACUGUAUUGUCAUGUUGGACCCUCUUUCCCAACUGGCUUUGUCCUCAGUUGACUUCAGAUCACUUUCAAAGAUGUUUUUGAAAUACAUGUGAGCAAAAUGUCAAACCAACUUGUGCUAGUUUUGAAAUUUGUAAACUCAGAAACAUGAGAUAUAUUUUAUGUAGCACUUCACGUGGAAAGAAAUAUAACUUGAGGUAUUGAGAAUGCAGGUUUUUCUUAUACAAAAUUAUUAUUAAUUGUGGUAAAUAACUCUUUAAAAGAAAUAGUCUGGCAUGAAUUAACAUUUCACUCUUCUAAACUGACUUUUGUGAAUUCGGUGUCAGCCAUGAGAGUUUUUUUCUGAUUCUUUGCAUAGAAACAUCAGACGAGUGCUGGCGAAUAUAGGUAAUUUAUUGUUUGGCAAUAAAAGUCUUGAGAUAUU